AUGGAUACCCCGACAGAGACUGCUAUCUCACAAGAGGAUGUUGAUGGCAAUCUUAUUGAAUUUACGUAUAAAGAUUUAAACAGAAUUGUCUUAAAACCAUUUAUCGAGAGCAUAGCCGAAUUUGUCUCAAAAGCUUUCGAAACUCAUGGUCACUGCAAGAUUUUUCUCUUUAGAAAUUAUGGUUCUGAUGCAUACUUUGUUAAAAAUCUUUUAGAAAGAGAUAAGGGUAAGUGGAAGUUUUAUGAUUUUAUUGUUGAAGAUUCACUUGAAAUGGUUUCCUCGGGCGCUGUCUCUUCGAUAUUAAAUAACUACAAAUCUCAAACGCCCUUCUCUCUUAAUGGUCAACACCGGUCCCUAUUUUCUGAUAAAGACUUGUUCUUACCAGAAGCAGUGUCCGAGAAAUUCACUGAUGGUAACAAUGGAAGUGCGGGUUACGACUUUGUUGUUGGAAUUGAUUUUAGUACCGCUUUCUCUGGGUACUCUUAUGUCGAACUUAACGGCAAGGACAUUAAACCUGUGGAUAUAAAAGAAAUCAAGACCUUUAAAGGGAGUUGGCCAGGAGGCAAUCUGAAUAAAUUCGGAAAUGCCCCAACCUUGUUGAUGUACGAUAAGAAUAUGAGACUAAAAUAUUGGGGUGAAGAAGCAAAACUUCAAGACAAGUGUUAUAAAGAUCUGAACCUUUUGGGAAAUUUCAAAUUGUUUUUAUAUCCGGAAUCUUCGAAGAAUUCUCAUGGUCGCGCUAAUGAUCCGGACGAACUGAAAGAACAAGGAGGAAUUAAUGAUGACGGAGCCUUAGAAAACAAAGUUGAUGCGGUCAGAGCUAUUGCUGAUUAUCUCAAGCGUUUUAAAAGGCAUAUUAUCGAGCACAUCGUCACCAAAGAAAUUAUCCCAUAUAGUUUUUCUAAAAGGGUAAAUUAUUUGAAAAAACACAAGAUACGAUAUGUAAUUACUGUACGUGCUAUUUGGAAUUCAUCAGCCCGCGAUAUCAUGACGCAAGCUGCGAUUGAAGCCGCAAUAAUCAAAAAAGAUGAGGCCAACCAGCUUCUCAUAAUUAGUGAACCCGAGGCGGCAUUAAUGUUCUGUGAGAAGAGAUGCACUGAAAAACUUAAAAAAGAGGAAGAAGAAAUGACCGAUACGAACUUUAUUGUAUGUGAUGCUGGUAAAAGAACUGUAGAUUUGGUUACAGUUAAUUUACAGCUUAACGGACAAGAAGGCACAAAACCGAUGAUUUCUCAAAUUGGUGACGGUGUGGGUGAUACUUGCGGUUCCUCUUGUCUUGACUUAAGAUUUAAAUAUUAUAUGUAUAACUUUUAUGAAGCCCUUGGAUAUAAAGUAGACGAUAAUGUACUUGACAGUGUUGUGCAGGAUUUUGUAAAAAAAAUUAAGCUUGACUUUAUGCCUGAUUUGCAAGGCGACUCUUAUUACGAUAUCAAAUUGCCCGGAAAGGGAAUAAGAAAUUUUACCGGCACUUAUACCUAUAUGAUGGCUAAUGGAAAUACGACGCUGAGAAUGAAGGGCCAAGAUAUGAAAGAGCAAAUAUUUGAUCCUGUAGUUGAUCGUAUUAUUUGCCUUAUCGAUUACCAGUUAAACCAAGCAAAAAAAGUAGACAGACGAAUUGACUCAAUUUUGAUGGUCGGGGGCUUUUCCCAAUCUACAUACUUGCAACAAUGUAUCAGAAACCAGUAUAAGGGUAUCUGCCAUGUUAGGGUACCUCUCGAAGGUGUUACGGCUAUUUCUCACAGAUCGAUAUCUUAUGAUUCAUAUCCUCAUAUAAUAUCAAAAAAAGUUACCAGACAAUCCCUUGGAUUAGAGAUACAGGCAACUUUUAUUGACAGUUCGACGAGUUUAGAAGAAAGGAAAACCGAAGGUCCCGACAGAGGCAGGCUUUUUAAAACAGGUCGUUUGGAUUAUUUCGUAACAAUGGGUCAAGAAUUAGAAUAUGAGCGAUCAGGAUUGUAUAAAAAAGGUGUAUUUGUUUUAUACCCCAACGCUGCAGUAAUAGCAAUCUUCUCUUGUGACUCUAAAGAAGAUGCUAACAAUAGGUACCUUACUAAAAGUCAUGUUAAAAUAGCGGAAGCAAAAAUUAUCAUGCCGUAUAUUAUUGGGAUAGAUGGAAGAUUAAUUUACUUCACAGUUAAUCUUCAAAUAGAGCAUAUUGGAGCCAGUGUUACGAUUGAAUGCCAAGAUCAACUAAUUAACACAGAAGUUCAAAAGAUCACCAAUAAUCAAAGGUCGUCUCUUAAAAUAAAUCUCAAGUGUAGCCCUGGUGUGGCAAUCUGUAAUGAUUUGACACACUUGUUAAUUAAUCAUAAUCGUGAUAUAGUAUCAGAUACACUUGUAUUAUCUACUUUACACUAAAAUAUCCAUUCAACUAAAAUAUUGCAAGAAUACACUAUAAUAAAUUAGUAUAC